GGACCCUUGAGCGGACCAUCUUACUACCACCCUACGCGCCUCACCAUCUUAUGCGCCUCACCGUUUGAAGGUAACCUGUUGCUAACUGUCGACAAAGCUCUGUAUCUAACCGAGCCUUGGAACUUGAGUAUUCGAUGGAAUGCUCUGUGGGAAAAGAACUACCACUGACGUGUUCUAACUGUAUUGAACUUUCCUCGUCAAUAUGGCAGUUUUUGCAAGGAACUGGAGUCAGUACGUCGUCGUCAAAUUACUUCCGGUACGGCGUUUUCCCGAAACUUCCAUACGCCAUUUUCCGUGGUCGCGUUCAAGUACUCGCGCUACCGUGGCUGUCGGAUUGAGAAAAGACAUGUAACUCGCCUGACAAACUCCUCGAGUCAUUGCUAUACGCAUAUAUAUAUGCCUCACUCUCAAGAACUGCCCUCAACUUGUUCCCCGUUCCCAACCAAUCUCUAGUGGAUAUGUCCUCUUCGCUUCACCAUAGAAGCACCUCGUCUGUUUCCUCUGGGACCUCGCAUCCCCUGCAUAGAGGUAGCGCAUGCCUAAACUGCCGGCGCAGAAAAGUGAAAUGCGACGGUGCAAGACCCAUAUGUGGGACGUGCGCGUCUGUUCCUUCGUUACAGGACUGCGAGUAUAGCGACUCUGGAACCACUCGGACACAACUACUCGAAGAACAGAUCGCUAUUUUUGAAUCUCGAAUUCGCGAGCUCGAAGCGUCCCCUGCGAAUUCGAAUGCGGCGAUCAGACUUUCUCAGCCAUAUUCAAUAGCUGAGAGCUCGAUAGCGGGUUCCCAACCUCAAGCUUCAAGCUCUGUAUCGAGUUUUCCGCCCAAUCCUGCACCUCAUGACUUACAGGCUAUACCGGAGAGGCUUCCAGUUCAACUCCAUCAAACAAUUGUUGGGUCUUUUUUGCGAUGCUGCACGGAGAUUGGAUUUUUUCUCAACGUGGGCCGCUUCACCAACACGAUUAUGAAUGCUGAUGAAUUUGGAUGGGAACGGCCGUCUCUUGCUCUGCUCCAGGCAGUGUAUCUGUGGGGGGUUCAUCUAUCCGCCUCCCCGGAAAUAUCAGCGUUCGAGCCGUAUUUCUUGUCUACGGCAGUGCGACAUACUUCAGAAGCUCUGUCGACCACCCAUACGCAUAAGAUCAUCCAUCGUAUUCAGGCAGAAGCUCUUCUCGCACAAUAUUUCUUCCUGAAUGCAAGGAUGCUCGAAGGGAAGUACCAUACCAGUGCCGCAGUUUCUCUCCUUUUUGGUGCAGGAUUCCACAAAAUUCGCUCUACUGAAGGAGGCAGUACCUCAAACCUCCCUCCUCUUACUGAUCUUGUCGAGGAAGGAGAGAGAAUUAACGGAUUCUGGACUGUGUUGAUACUAAAUAACUGCUGGACUACUUUAGAGUCGAAUAUUGUAUAUGAAUCGAUUGAUACACCUUGGCCUCUGGAAAUGCAGUCCUAUUCGCAGAUAUACUGGUCCCCGGAAUUUAGAACGAGCCAAACCGUCUGGAAGUUUUUGUCCCGUGCGGUUCUUGACGGCGAUGAAGGGACCUCUAUGAUUGCAUCAUACGCCAAAGCCAGUAUUCUGUACGAAAGGUCGUCGACAAUCAGUCGCCAUUUCGAGCCUAACAUGCCUCAAUCAUCGGCACGACAAUUCUUUGGUUCUUUUUCUGCUCAGGACGCUUUAGUCCAGAGGUUUUUGCAAGAGUUGCCAUCAAUACCAGAAAUGAUAGCAGCUACCUCGCAUGAGACGACACUCCUCAUCUACACUCUCGCACAUUCCUCCGUGAUUCAGCUGCAUCGACCGUUCAUUGCGAUUAACCCAGCAUCCAGGGGACGUACCAUUUCUGCUGUUCGUUCCAUCGUUCACAUUCUUGAUACUAUCAAUGUUACAGAAGUUGUAUCACUUAAUGCAUUCUUGGCGGUUCUCUGGACUCAAGUAUGUCAGUUUCUUAUCCAAGAAAUAUCGGAUGGUCACGACGAUAGCAUUGAUUCGUCGGGAGCACCAAGUGAGCCCGUCCAGCUGCUUAAAUCACUGAUGACUACGAUGUCUAGUGCCGUACAACGAGGGAAAAUAUUCGAAUCACAGAUGGCCGUGAUUAGAGAACGUUAUGCCCAAGCGUUUACCUAGACGAAUACCUUCGGUAUUAGACCAUGCCAUACAGC